CGACGCGCUUGGGGACCGGGAGGUGCCGGGUGAGCCCGGUUGUGCGACCGCAGCAUGUCGGAGGGCGAGUCCAAGCAGGUGCCGAGCGGCGGCUCUGACUCAAAGUCGGAGUCCGCGUCGUCCGGCCCGGGAAUGACCUCAGUGUCUGCGCCGGUGACUUCCGCGGCGCCCCCGGAGGAGGAGGAGGAGGAGGAGGAGAGCGAGGACGAGUCCGAGAUUCUCGAGGAGUCGCCGUGCGGCCGCUGGCAGAAGCGGCGCGAGGAGGUGAAUCAACGCAAUGUCCCAGGGAUCGAUAGUGCCUACCUGGCCAUGGAUACAGAGGAAGGUGUGGAAGUUGUUUGGAAUGAGGUUCAGUUUUCUGAGCGGAAGAACUUUAAGCUUCAGGAAGAAAAAGUUAAAGCGGUGUUUGACAACUUAAUUCAGCUGGAACAUCUGAACAUUGUGAAGUUUCACAAAUACUGGGCUGAUGUGAAGGAGAAUAAAGCCAGGGUGAUCUUCAUCACUGAAUAUAUGUCUUCAGGGAGCUUGAAACAGUUCCUGAAGAAGACAAAGAAAAACCACAAAACUAUGAAUGAAAAGGCCUGGAAGCGAUGGUGUACCCAGAUCCUCUCUGCUCUCAGCUACCUCCACUCCUGUGAUCCCCCAAUCAUCCAUGGUAACCUGACCUGCGACACCAUCUUCAUUCAGCACAACGGACUGAUCAAAAUUGGGUCAGUCUUUCAUAGGAUAUUUGCUAAUGUGGCACCGGACACAAUUAACAACCACGUGAAGACCUGUCGUGAGGAGCAGAAGAACCUGCACUUCUUUGCCCCGGAAUACGGAGAAGUUGCCAACGUCACCACUGCUGUGGACAUUUACUCCUUCGGGAUGUGUGCACUGGAGAUGGCGGUGUUGGAAAUACAGGGUAAUGGAGAGUCGUCUUAUGUACCCCAGGAGGCCAUUAACAGUGCCAUCCAGCUGCUGGAGGACCCCUUGCAGAGGGAGUUCAUUCAGAAGUGUCUAGAACAGGACCCUGGCAAACGUCCUACUGCCCGGGAGCUCCUUUUUCAUCAGGCGUUGUUUGAGGUGCCAUCACUAAAGCUACUGGCUGCUCACUGUAUCGUUGGACAUCAGCAUAUGAUUCCUGAAAACGCUUUAGAAGAAAUGACCAAAAACCUUGACAUGAGUGCAGUGUUGGCAGAGAUUAAUCAUGCGGACAGGGAAGGAGUCAAGAUGAUCUUCUCACAAUCUCCGGCAUUGGAACUGGACAAGUUCCUGGAGGAUGUAAGGAAUGGUAUCUACCCACUCACAGCUUUUGGGAUGCCACGACCCCAGCAGCCCCAGCAAGUAGUGGUGAAGUCUCCCAUUGCUCCACCGUCAGUGAAAACCCCAACUCCAGAGCCUGCUGAGGUGGAGACCCGCAAGGUGGUGCUGAUGCAGUGCAACAUUGAGUCAGUAGAGGAGGGAGUGAAGCACCAUUUAACACUGCUGCUGAAACUGGAAGACAAGUUGAAUCGACACUUGAGUUGUGACCUGCAGCCCAAUGACAACAUCCAGGAGCUGGCAGCCGAACUGGUCCAGCUUGGAUUCAUCAGUGAGGCUGACCAGAGCAGACUUACCUGUUUACUUGAAGAGGCGUUCAGCAAGUUCUACUACACCCGGAACGGAGCCCUGACGGCAGUGACUGUGUCAUCUUAGCACCCCUCGGCUCCCAGGCGGCCAGUGUGGCUUUGUUGCCUGUGACCCCUCUGUGUCUGUCCAUCACUGUAGGGCAUCAGCAAGACCCCAGCUGCAGUGCUUGGAAGCUCAUCCUGCAUGUGCCGUGGCUGGGCUCAGCGACAAUCCUCCCUGCCCGCCUAUUAAAGGGGACUUUGCGCAUCAGUAUUAUUUCCAGCCCUGUUUUUGUUGGGAUUUUGCCAGGUGGUGCCGGGGAGCCGGGUCCUGGCUUGGGGUGUUCUGUAGCCCCAUUCAUGUGCAUGGAGUUUGUUCUGUUUGAAUUGUACAAAGUGUCUUUUGCACAGCAC